UUUCAAGAGAAUCAGUUGCAGAACAGUAACAAGUUGAUUGGAAUUUGUCAAUUUGAUAAAAAAUAACCCAUUUUUUGAGGAGCAAGAGAAGGGCAUGCACUCUCUUCUUUUAUGUGUAAAAGAAAAAGUACUUUGGUCACUCAUUUUAGGUACCAAAAUCACUACUAAACCAUACUUAUCUGUUAAUGGAGGUCUUAUCUUCUUAAUCUUCUUCUUCAUUCUAUUUUUAGUAUUUUUUUUUAGUUAUUAUUAAUAGCUGCCUCUUCAAUCCCCACAUGCAAAUCUUUCCAUUUUUGAUGCCUGAACAAGAACAAAUUUCAGGUUUUCUUGAUUUUCUUGAUUGUCAAGUUUCUGCAUGUACUUUUCAAUCUUUGUUCAUUCAUAUUUUAUAAUUAUUUGAAGCAAGAAUCUUUUUCUAGAUUCCAAUUUAUUUGCAGAUCUUGCAUUUUCAAUACAACCAGAAAAUUAUGAUGUUUUCUGUUUCUUGUUUCUUGAAAAAUCCUUUUUCAUGGCUGUCCAUUCUUGGUUUAGUUCUUGCUGGUGGUUUAGGGUUUGGAUUAUUUUCGUCAACCCUAAUUCUUACAUCAAUUUUAGCUUCAUCGGCUAUUUUUUUCAAAUUUUCAAAGCAAAAACCAGGAUUUCAGGCUGAUCAAACAUUACAAAAUGAUAUUAUUCUCACUUCUGAUCAAGAAAUUUCACCUAAACCGCUACCAGUACCUGAAGAUGAAGCUCAAGAACAUGAACAAGAACAAGAACAAGAACAAGAAGGAAGGAGUAAAAUUGAUGAGAUACACAUAACAAGAUCUUCUUCACCGGCAACACUAUCGGAAAACGAGAGUCUGGCUCGAUCAUCAACGACGAGUGAUGAUUCCGAGUUAAACUUUUGGCAAUUACAAGACAAUUUGCUUCAAAGCUCUGAUUAUUCUGAUGGAUCCAUUUCAGAUGAUGAUAGUUUCAUUGAAAUUGCACUUCCGAGUGGACAAUACAUUAGUCAUAAGAAAGAAGAAGAUCAUCAUAAGUAUAUUAAUCCACAGAAGAAAUUUCAAGAUUUUGUUCCGGGGACAUUUUUUAAGCAACAUGGUGGUCUAAUGGAGCUUUUGGCAGAACUAAAUGAGAUGAAUAUUGAAGAGGAAAAUUUGAUUGAAAUUGAUAUAUUAAUGGGGUCCAUCAAGUGUCCAAGGUUUGAAGUUGAAGCUUAAUUAAUUAAGUAAUUAGUUCCUUUUUAAUAAUUACACUAAUUAAUUAAUUAAGUUUUUGAUCCUUUUGGAUUUUAAUUACAUAGUUUUUUUUUUCAUUUUCUUUGGUUAAAAUGUAUGUUUUUUUAACUAAGAAGCUUCUGAUCAUAUCCUAUAGUUGAUAUUUGCACUUUAACAAACUUUGGAUACUCAUUAAAGCAAAGUUAUAUAUGUCCUUUUUUUUCUUUCUCUUAUUGCUUAAUAAUGUUUUAAAGGUUGGAGGGCCAUAAGCCAAUUAAUA